AUGUCAACAUUUUGUAAAAAAAAUUCAAUGAAAACUUACUUUAAAGUGCAAAAAAGUAUUAUUGCAUGUGCACAAACUAUGUUGCAAUUGAAUAUAGCUUUUAAAAUACGAGGGAACCCCACGUGGUGGAGGCGUCGGACGGCGUUGGAACGCGCCAUGAUGAUGGUGGCGGCGGCGGCGGUGACUGUGGUGCUCGCUCUGGCCGUCGUCGUCGCCGUGCUGGUAGUGCGCGACCAGCAGAACGGACCCAAUUCUUUGCCAACUCUGCCUGCUGCACUUAGUGGCAUUGUGAAGCAAAAUGAUGUGUUAAAACAUGAUCUCUGCCUCACACCAGGAUGCAUUCAUGCUGCUUCAACAAUGCUGAUGAGCAUGGACACAUCAGUAGAACCCUGUGAUGACUUUUACAAUUUUGCAUGUGGCAAUUAUGUAAAGACAAAUAAUAUUCCUGAUGAUAAGUCAACAGUGAAUACCUUCAGUAUUAUAUCAGACCAACUUACAGAAAAGUUGCGUACAAUUGUUGAAGAGCCUAUAAAGGAAAACGAAGCAAAGCCGUUUAAACUGGUUAAAAAACUUUAUCGAGCUUGUAUGAAUAAAACUUUAAUUGAAAGUAGAGGAUUGGAACCACUGCAAGAUAUUCUAAGAGAAUUAGGUGGCUGGCCAGUUGUGGAUGGUCCGUCAUGGCCAGUAGGUGAAUUUGACUGGCGAGAAUCUGUAUACAAAUUCCGGAAAAUGGGAUACAGUGUUGACUAUUUUAUGGACUUCUCAGUAGCAACAGAUGCAAAAAAUUCAUCUUAUAGAUCUAUAAAUAUUGACCAAGCCUCUCUUGGACUAAGCAGGGAAUACUUAGUUAAAGGUAUGAGUGAUAAACUCGUAAGAGCAUAUUAUGAAUAUCAAGUAGAUAUAGCUGUUCUCUUGGGAGCUGAUCGUAAAACUGCAGAAGAGGAGUUAAAAGAAUCACUGGAGUUUGAAAUAAAACUUGCCAAUAUAUCAUUACCCAGUGAAGAACGACGAAAUGUUUCUAAAUUGUACAAUUUAAUGACUAUACAAGAAAUGCAAACAAAAUUCCCCAGUGUCCCUUGGCUACAAUAUUUUAAUAACAUUUUGCUUCGAGAUAUUGAAAUCAGCAACAAUGAACCAAUUGUGGUAACUGUCCCAUCUUUCAUUAAAGGACUGGAGAAACUUCUUUCCACUACACCAAAACGAGUUCAAGCAAACUACGUGAUGUGGCGAGCUGCUGGAGCAACAAUUACUUACUUGACAGAACAAGCACGCAAACGUCAGUUGAAUUUCUUCACUGUUCUAUCAGGCAAAACUGAGAGAGAACAACGAUGGAAAGAGUGCAUUGAUAUUGUUGCUGGAGGUUUGUCAAUUUCUGUCGGUUCGCUCUAUGUGCAAAAAUAUUUCAAUGAAGAUGCCAAAAAAAAUGCAAUGGAGAUGGUACAAAAUAUCAGAGCAGAAUUUAAAAAAAUAUUACAGACAGUGGAAUGGAUGGAUGAAGAAACAAGAAAACGAGCUCUUGAGAAAGCUGAAGCAAUGUCUGUCCAUAUUGCUUAUCCUGAUGAAUUAUUGGAUAUUCAAAAGUUAGAGGAAUUUUAUGACAAACUUGAAGUUAAUCAAGACUUAUACAUGGAAAGUAUUCUCAACCUAACAAAAUUUGGCACUGGCUAUUCAUUUGGAAGACUGCGACAAAAGGUCAACAAAACUGAAUGGAUCACACAUGGUCGCCCAGCAAUUGUUAAUGCAUUUUAUAGCUCAAUAGAAAAUAGUAUUCAAUUUCCCGCUGGGAUUUUGCAAGGAAUAUUCUUCAGUAAUGACCGCCCACGCUAUAUGAAUUACGGAGCCAUAGGUUUUGUUAUUGGCCAUGAAAUAACUCAUGGAUUUGAUGAUCAGGGUCGACAAUUUGAUAAAGAUGGUAAUCUGGUUGAUUGGUGGGAAGCAAAUACAAAGGAUCGAUACCUUGAAAAAGCUCGUUGCAUUGUCCAUCAAUAUGGCAACUACACAGAUGAAGAAACUGGGCUCAAUCUCAAUGGUAUCAACACACAAGGUGAAAAUAUAGCAGAUAACGGAGGUAUCAAGGAAGCUUACGGUGCUUACUUAUCCUGGGUUAAGGAGAAUAAGAAGACUGAACCUAUUCUCCCAGGUUUGGAUUAUACCCCUCAACAAUUGUUCUGGAUCAGUGCUGCACAGACCUGGUGCAACAAAUAUCGACCUCAAGCAAUGCGACAACGUAUCACUACUGGAGUGCACUCACCAGGACGAUUCAGAGUAAUUGGCCCCCUCUCCAAUCGGGAGGAAUUUUCCAGAGACUUCAACUGUCCCCUAGGCAGUAAAAUGAACCCAAUUGACAAGUGCCAGCUCAUUGUAUUCAAUUCUGCAACAAAUGUCGGACUUCCAAAAACUGUGUACUUAAAACGCAGAGAUAAAUUCUCGUUGGUGAAGAUAUUUCUGCCCAAUGUGAUGUUUUGCCAGUUACGAACUGUUGCUGUAUCUAUAGCAGAACAUGUACUUUGA